AUGAGAAUAUUUAGAUUAAUUAAAUUUAUAACUAAGUAAUCCAAAUUUGAAAGAGGUCAGUUAAACUUUUGCAAAAAUGAUAAAACUAAUAAUAAUAUAUAAAUUAUCUUUCAUUUUGAAAAUCUUGAAAUAAGGUAUUUUAUAUAAAUCUAAGUAUACUAUAUUCAUNCUACAGAUUAUUUAGAAAAUAAAAGGAUUCUAAGAAGUGGAAUAUAAAUGAGAGUAUAAAAUUAGCAUUGUGUUCUGGAUUUUAUUUUAAUACUGCUCGUAAGAUGCACAAUGGAGAAGACACAUAUCUAAUGGUAUAUCCAGAAGGAACAGUUGUUGAUACAGACCCUUAGAGUGUGUAUUCAGUAAUUUAGCAAUAUCCUGAAACAGUUAUAUUUACUGAAUUGGGAGGUACAUCCUAAGUCAGAGGAGUGAUGAAAUUGAUUAGUGAAAUCAAUAUUGAUUGGGUUAAACCUUAUUUCUCAAAUAUGGUGAAGGUAUAAAAUUCAUUUUGACCUUAGGUUGAUUUAUUUAAACUUGCAAGGAUAGAAUUCCAACAAAGAGGAAGGGAUGCUGUACAUGAAAGAAGAUAAAAGAAAAUCCAAGAAUAAGAAAAGUAGAAAGAGUAAGAAUAGAAAGAAAAGCUCGAAAAACAUUAAUAGUACAAAGCCAGAUUUGAACAAAGAAAAAAAGUUAAAAUGUGA